CCGGAGCCUUCAACCACAGCUGCUGACCCACGUUUUUUUCGCAACAGCUGCCCACGUGGUUGUACGGUCUCGAAUAAUAGUCAACUGACAGUUGGAGAACUGUUUUUGAACAACAAGGACCCAGGUUCAUUUAACUACAAAAAUACGCUUGAAUUGUUCCUCAAACGUAGUCUCACUUCAAUAAAAAGCAACCAAUAUGGUGAUGGAUGAUGAGUCAAGACUUCUGGUUACCGAAUGUUACUCCGUGACAGCAUUUGAUACUACGACCGAGAUGACACCGGAAUCUAGCUCGGCCUAUCCAACGACUAACCCGGUCAAGAUGGAACCCGGCGGCCAUCCCGCGGACCAAGAUGUCGUCAUCCGGAAAUCCUCGGCUAUCGAAGUUGAACUCGAGUUGCUGGAGCCUAUGUGGAGUGGAGCCAUCCGAGAAGAAAAUCCCGAAGCCAGCGAAGAGCAACUCCAGACCCUGAUUGAUGUCAAACUCGAUGACGUGGGCAAUCUGAUUCCCCUCAGGAACCAAGCCGAAAAGAAGUUCAAAGACGAUUGUCAGAUGAUGGACCGGAUUCACGAGAAUUUGACCCAAAUCCUUGAACAACUCCGGGCCAAGGCCGUGAACGAUCUCACGGUUCGCAUUGAAGACUACCAAGCCCGUCUCCUCAUCAAGGAUUGGGAAUCUUCCCGGUUGCCCAUCUUUGAGACCCACUACCAAGAAGCCACCCGGGCAUGGUACAAACCCUGUGAGGACCCCCUGGUGCAUGAUUUUUCCUCGAUCAUGAAUAACUUUGCCAAGCUCAUUGCUCAGUUCGAGUAUGAGAGGUCCAUCCGUCCAUCCAUCCAAAGCGUCCACAAACCUGACCACACGGACCCUCAGUCGUCGCAUACUUCAGGCCCAUCUGCCCAUGUCGCCAAUACGUGCACCCAAAUGACCUUUGAGCCAUUUAGAGGGGAUUUGACUGACCCCGAGACUCUUGUCAAGUUCGCCAAAUGGAAACGAUCUUGGUUCCAAUGGGUCCAGGAGCUCGAGAGCAAGCCAAAUUUUAACCCCAACGUCCUCUUCAAACGCUUGAAGGAGAGUGUGACGGGUCCGGCUUUGGCCUUGAUAUCCAAGCACCCUGCCAAUGUCAUGAAGUCCUACCAGAGAGCCUUAGAUGAGCUCAUUGACCUAUAUGAGGAUCCCAUACAAGUGGCCGGUUAUUGCAUCCGGAAUGGGACAAUGUCCGCUGGAUCUCCAACUGAGCAUGUGAAAGCAAUCAAGGAGUCGAUGAGUGCCUUGCACAACAUGCGAAAAGUGUACGAGAGUGAGAAGAUAGACAUGUACAACUUCGCCUUGAUUGCCUCGUUCGUGUCAGCCAUGCCCUUGGAUUUGCAAGCCCAGUGGAGUAGCUUCAAGGCCAAGAAGAAGCAAGAGUACGGGCUCAUGCGGGAAUCGGCCCUUCACGUCGGCAACUCGCUCCCGCCUUGGAAUGCGGGGAUGGUCGAGAACUAUGAGACCUUCAACGUCUGGCUUAACCUUCAAACCCAAAGCAGCAGGACCGGUCGCACAAGAACCGGGAUGUCGUCCACUUCAGCCAUUUACCAAGAGUCUCGGUCGAAGAAUACCAAUUGCUUCAUCUGUGGGCCCGAGAGCAAGGAUCACCACUUGACGCGUUGUUCUCAAGGGUUGGCCAUGUCCCUGAGAACCUGGCGGGAAACAUGUCGACGCUCUUCAGUGUGCUCCAAAUGCGUCCAACCCCUCAAAUCGGGUCAUAAAUGCAACGUGAAAUGUCGCUUGUGUUGUGGGAGACGAAAAGAAGUAGACCAUCACAUUCUCAUGUGUCCCAUGAGUCAGUUUCGAACGGGGCCUUUAGAAGAUGGCCACGAAACCUCGGAACCGGUUCGGAAAAGGAGUGCCCAUGAGGAGCGGAGGACCGCCAAACGCUCAACAGAAGGGACCAAGCGCGCCAAAUCGGACCGAAGCCACGCCUCAAGAUACAAUAAGAAAAGAACAAUUUAAAGCAAAUUACGAACCACGAUUCUUUUGCUUGGCUUCGCCUGUAACCACCGAUUCGCUUGAAUAAAUUCAGACUUUGAUACGUACAUAUAAAAUCCGAACUUUAGGAAUUUUUUA